AUGCCGUCAUCCAGAGAGUUGGACCGGUUGAACGGCAUGACUACCGAACGGGAUCGAAUUCAGUUGUUCGAUUGCAGGAAGAUUUGCCUACCUGCUUCCAGCACGGUAACUAUCCGUGCCGAGGAAGAGUUCUUCACCGAUGCGUUCUUCAAACAUCGGUGGUACGAUGGUAGCCGUGGUCAAGGCGGCAAAGCCUUGGUGCAGGGAUGGAAUGCCCUCAUCCACAACAUCGAGUGCAUUGGCCGUGAGGUCUGGCUCGCCAAAUUUGAUGCAGCUCGCAUCAGGUUUGAGAAACGCAACCCAGUCGGGGCGCGAUUCAACUUGUACCGGCUUUCAUGA